UGUGGCUCACAUUACAGUAGAAACCACAGCGGACCCAGCUCGCUCUUUACCCACAAGUCUCAACCAAAAACACAAUGAAAAAAGUAUUUUUGUUGCUUCUCUUGUGUUACGUUUCAUCAGCAGUGAAACACUCCCUGAAGUUUUUCUACACUGCAUCUGCUGGAGUCCCAGACUUCCCAGAGUUUGUGGUUGCUGGAGUGGUUGAUGAGAUUCUGUCCGGUUACUGCGACAACAACAAAAAUAUAGUAGAACCAAAACAGGACUGGGUGAACAAAUUAUUUGAAGAUGAUCCUCAGCACUUGCAGUGGUACACUACAAAGUGUUCAGAUGAUGAGCCGCACUUCUUUAAAACCACACUUGAUAAUUUGAAGCAGCGCUUCAACCAAAGUGGAGGUGUCCAUGUUUUACAGAGGAUGACUGGUUGUGAGUGGGAUGAUGAGACUGGAGAGGUUAAUGGUUUUAUUCAGUAUGGUUAUGAUGGAGAAGACUUCAUAUCUUUUGACCUGAAGACAUUGACAUGGAUCGCUCCGAAACCUCAGGCUGUCACCACCAAACUUAGAUGGGAUGAUGACAAAGGUAGAAUAAAAUACAAUGAGAAUCAGCUCACUGAGAUUUUACCGGAGUUCCUGAAGAAGUAUGUGGACUAUGGAAACAGCUCUCUGCAGAGAAAAGACCUUCCCUCAGUGUCUCUCCUCCAGAAGACUUCCUCCUCUCCAGUCAGCUGCCACGCUACAGGUUUCUACCCUGACAGUGCCACACUCAUCUGGAGGAAAGAUGGAGAGGAGAUUCAUGAGGACGUGGACCACGGAGAGAUCCUCCCCAACCACGAUGGAUCCUUCCAGAUGAGUGUUGACCUGAACCUUUCAUCAGUCACACCUGAAGACUGGAGGAGGUACGACUGUGUGUUUCAGCUCUCUGGUGUGAAGAACGACAUCGUCACCAAACUGGACAAAGCAGAGAUCAGAACCAACUGGGAGAAGUCCAGUGACAUGACCGUGCCCAUCACUGCUGCAGCAGUUGUUCUUGUUCUCAUCUUUAUCACUGCAGUUGGACUCAUGGCUUACAAAAAGAAGAAAGCCAAAUGCCCUCCAUCUCCUCCUGACGACGGAUCGGAGCUCUCUGAGAAACUGAAUCCAGAGACCUGAUUGUGAAACGCACUCAAUGAAGUUCCUUCAUAUAACACGUGUCACUUUAUUUAGCUUUACAGAACUUAGACUAAUUAAAACAUGCCUUCCUGUCACAAAGUGAUGUAGUAGUUUAUGGUUUUUAUAUGUAAAUGUUAAAUGUAAUCGUUUAUUUCACAUUAUUAUAAUUAAUAUUCUAAAUCUAAUAUAAAAACAAUUUGCUUGAUUAUUUUUACAAAUCAAUUCUAUUUCUUUUACCCUUCAUUUUACAUUGAUGCAGUAAUGUUUUAGAUACCAUAAAUUACUGUUUUUGAUCAUGUUUGAAUUGGUUUUAGAAUAACUACAAGAACUAUAGGUUUCUGUAAACACUGUAUACAAUUCUCAAAAUCACCUCUUGUUGAAAAUAUGAUCUUUUAUAGGUUAUAGAUUUGGUGCGACAGGUCAGAGGAAAACUUUCUCAUACCACAGGUUUUUCAAACGAGUAGCUUUUAGUAAGACUAGUGUAAAUAGAUAGACAGUGAUGGUGGUGGGACUGCUGAGCGGGCCAUUGCAUUCACAUGAAGUUGCAGUUUAGCCUGAGCAGACACAAUGUAGAUAUAAAGCCAUGUCAUACAGCAAAGUAUCUGCUGUUUGCUUGAGUGAAUGAAGGAUUUAAAGGCAGCUUAGGUUAGGUCGGGUUAGAGACUGUGUGUUGAUUGUAUAAUACUAAUAAUAAUAAUAAUUCUGUGGCAUAUUAUAUCAUACCAUGUGUUUCCCCAAUCAGAGAAUCAGAGGCGGAGCUAGAGAAAUAUCCAUGUGUGACAAGAGGUUGGCAUGGAGACAUUAAGGGGUGGCAGAAACAUACACUAAUCUAAUAACAAUCACAUAUACCAAUAUUUGCUUGGAAAACCACCCAAAUGAAAAUAUUUAAACUCAAAAACAUUACUUUAUUGUGGCACAGUAACACCUUGAAUAGAACUAUAGAACUACAUUAGAACUCAAUCGUUUUAUUUCCAAAUGGUCAUAUUUCCUUUUCUUUCACUAGGUUUAGGAUGGGAGAUUUGGACUGAUUUUACUGUACUGGAACCAGAUAGACAGCAAUGGUGGUUGGAUUACUGAGUGGGCUAUCGCAUUCAAAUGAAGUUUCUUAUCAAGUCAGUUGGGCCAACCAAUGUAAAUGAGCCUGAGCAGAUAAUAUAAAUACAUUAUACAUAAUAUAAAGACAAUAUAAAAGCUUAAAGUUAUGUUAGGUCAGUUAGAGAAUGAUGUGGGUCAGAGGGGUCCAUAGAUUAAUGACGGCACAGCUUGAUACCCACUGCAGGGGCUAAUGAUAGGUGAAAACAUUAUUGAUCAUGAAUACUGGCCUUCCUUGGGAAUAUUCACCUCUGACAAAUGCAUGUCAUAAUCAGUUGUAAUGCUCUUUAUAUUGGUGCUGAUGUUUCACUUCACAAUAAAAUACGGAAUUUUAUGUUUAAAA